GCCCAGGAGCCAGAGACUGGGCCUGCACUGGGCGGGGCACGUCGAGGAGGAGGUGGAGCCUGCGCUCGGUCACAGCGGUGAAGCGCCGGCGCAGGGAGCUGUGGCUCGGCGACGGCGGGAGGGGCAGAGGCGGAGCCAGGGCAGAGACCGGGUCUGCGUGGGCUCGGUGUUAUGACGCGCUGAGCCGGGGGCGGAGCCUAAGCGGUGACGCGCGGAGGCGGGGUGGGGGCUGGCGGCCUAGGGAAAGUCUGGACCAGGUGGGGCGCUGCGGGCCGCGACGGCUGCAUUGCGUCCGCCGUACCGCUAGGGGCCAGCGCGGGCGGUCGGAAGAGUCCAAGCCACAGAGCGAGAAACCGGCCAGCGCGGAGCGAGGACGCGGAGCAUCCCGGAUCUUGGCUUCAACAUGUCCAGGGCGGCGGCUGCUGAGGAGGUAGCUGAUGCAGCCUAGCGUGGCUGUUGUCCAUCAGAGGAGCACCCUUGUGGUCUGAGGAGAUACCACUGUCUGGAGACUGUGCUCUUAAUCCCUAACCUGCCACUGAGCCACCUGCAACCCAGUAGGAGACGACCUUGGCUCCCAGCCUGACUCAGCUGAGCCUAGAUCCUACAUGUAGGUGAGAGCUCACUCUGAGCGCCGGCCCACCAAAGCUGACCCCAACCCUAGACCCUGCACACCAGAUAGAGCUGAUCUUGAGUACCAGCCGAGCCAAGCUGACUCUGGAUCCUGCAUGCCAGCCAGAGUUGACCCUGAGAUCCAACUGGCCACGCUGACCCUGGAUCCUGCACACCAGCCAGAGCUGACCCUGAGCCCCAGGCUAGCUGAGCUGACCCCGGGUUCUGCAUGCCAUCCAGAGAUGACUCUCAGUCCUGGCUCCACUGAGCUGACCCUGGAUCCCGCACACCAGCCAGAGGACACCCCAGCCCCCAACCUGGCUGAACUGACCCUGGAGCCUGUGCACUGCCGACCUGAGCUCCUGGAUGCCUGUGCCGACCUCAUCAAUGAGCAGUGGCCCCGAAGCCGUGCCUCCCGCCUGCACUCCUUGGGCCAGUCCUCAGAUGCCUUCCCCCUCUGCCUGAUGCUGCUGAGCCCCCGCCCCACACCCGAGGUAGCCCCCAUCGUGGUGGGUCAUGCCCGCUUGUCACGGGUGCUAGACCGGCCCCAGAGCCUCCUGGUGGAGACAGUGGUGGUGGCCCGGGCUCUGAGGGGCCGCGGCUUUGGCCGCCGUCUGAUGGAGGGCCUGGAGGCUUUUGCUCAGGCCCGGGGCUUCCGCCGGCUACACCUCACCACCCAUGACCAGCUGCAGUUCUAUGCCCACCUGGGCUACCAGCUGGGUGAGCCUGUGCAGGGCCUGGUCUUCACCAGCCAACAGCUGCCUGCCACCCUGCUCAGGGCCUUCCCCAGAGCCCCCUCUCCCCGGCCACCCUGCAAGGCUCCUAGUCUAACUGUCCAAACUGCCCCAAGAGUCCCCAAGGGGCCAUCAUUGCCACCACCCCCUCCCCUGCCUGAGCCCUUGAUCACCUCACCCCCACCUCCUGCAGGCCCCCCUCCACAAAGCCUGCUGGAGACGCAGUACCAAGACCUGAGAGGAUGCCCCAUAUUCUGGAUGGAAAAGGACAUCUGAGGGCUACCCAGGGCAAGGCACUGUCCUUCAGGGUCGAUGGACUGCUUGGGACAGUACCAGCCUCAGCCCAGCCCAUUGGCCAUACCUCCAGUCCCUAGAGCCUGGGGGCAGCUUUAGCCUGGCCAUGUUUCCUGAGUACCAGUGGGGCUGGGAGACUGCUCCAUAGCUGUGGCUCAGAGCUGUCAGUGUGGCUGAAUAAAGGCUUCUGUUGGGUGUGGCUGUGACAGUUUAUUUGUUGACCCACCCUCACCUCCCAGCCUUAUCUUAGAUCCUCUAUCUCUGUAAGAUCCUCCGGAUCCACCUUGGCCCUGGGGCCAUGGAUGAAGGGACACCUAACUUUUGCCCCUCCCACUCUGCCAGGCCCAGGUGACAAGGUGUCUGUACCCUUUCACGUUCAUCACCAUUCACUGAGCACCUACUGUGUGUCAGGCCCUAAACCGGGCAAUGGGGAACUAGACAGAUAGGGCCUUGAUCCAAGGAACAGAAGGAGAUAGGCAUACAGUGGCAGGAUCUAUGUCGGGACAGUGGGAGCCCAAGUGCCCUCAGUCCGUUUGGAAAUCCAGGGGAGGUGAUGUCACAGCAGAGACCUGAGUGCUAAGUAGGAAUCAAGCCAGGCAAAGGGGGAGGGUGUUAAGUGUUCCUGGAGCAGGGAACGAGAUGGACAGGAUAGAAGGGGACUGGUGAGAACUGUGAGUGGGCGAGGAGUCAGAGGGCACAGUGGUGUCAUGACAAAGAUGGAGAACAUGGGAGGGGAGCUGCCCAGGCUGACGCAUGGCAUGGCUGGUCUGAGAGGGCUAGAGGACCACAGGGGGGCCAUGUUUUCCCCACCCCCCAUCCUCGUGGGGAGUAGUUGGGGGAGUGUUCCCAGCUUUCCCUGCUGUAUGGAAGGUAUGGCCAUGGCCAUGGACUCUUAAGCUCACAGCCCCUCU